CAUCCUACUAAAAGUUCAUUUAAAGGGGAACAACUCUUGACUUCAUUUUGGCUGAUUAUGUCUAUUUGUCCCUGUAGGUUUCAACGAUGGACAAGGUGCAGAGAAAACCAUCGCUUCUGACGCUGUACUCCGUCCUGAAGGACUUCAGGGGGGAACAUACGGACUUUGAGGCCCUCGCCUCUUAUUACGAACAUCACUACCGGGUCGAAUUCGGCGAGAACAUCGUCCUAAAGCACUUCCUUCUUACGUGCGAAGUGGACCCGAGGAUGAGGGCCAAGGAGAACAUUAUCCUGUACUGGAAAAUGCUCAACUCACUGGAAGUGAUCAAGAGGGAAUAUGCCGCCCUCAGGAAGUCUGCCAAGCUGCCUCCUGAUCAUCCAACUCGAGUCCAAAACCGGAGGCAGCAACUUGAGUAUCUGCGGCUGGAGAAUACCAUCAACCAACAUCUUAACCAGCUGCACAACGAGUUUGUGAGAGAGCAGAAGCUACAGGAAGCUGCUGGUAAGAAACAAAGUCCUGCAGCUGAAGAAGAGGAGGAGGAUGGAGCCCCUGCAGCAGCAGCAGAAGAGGAAGCCCUUGCCUCAGAAGAGAAUGAAGAGGAAGCAGAAGGAGCUCCAGCAGAAGACCAUCAAGCCCCUGCAGUGGAGGAGAAGAUGAUGGAGGAGCAAGCUCCUGCAGAGGAAGACAAGGAAGAAGACGCUCCUGGAGCAGAAGAAGAGGGAGCUCCAACAAAUGAAGAAGAAAAAGAAGAGGAAAGCGCUCCCGCUGAAGAACAGCAAGUUCCUGAAGAGGAGGAGAAAGAAGAGGGAGCGGAAGAAGGAGGUUCUGCAGAAGAACAUAAAGCCCCUGCAGUGGAGGAGAAGAAGACGGAGGAGCAAUCUCCUGCAGUGGAAGAAGAACAGGUAGGACCUCCUGAAGCAAAUGAAGAGCCAACUCCUGCAGCGGAGGAGAAAGAAGAGGGAGCGGAUGGAAAAGAAGAAGCUUCUGAGGUGGAAGAGAUCAUCAAAGAUCCUCCGGUGGUGGAGAGGCCAACCCUGCGAAAACAGCUUAGGAAGGCCAUCAUGAAGAGGCUCCGGAGAGUAUGGGUAAUGUAUCAAUUUACUGACAUUUACCCAUUAUCUAGAGAUGCCUCAUGUUGUCCAGUGCAGCUCCACUUUACUUCCUGCAGUUCUGUGCAUUUUCAAUCAGAACAAUAAAAGGAAAUCAUACACCGUCUGAUGAGCCCGCAGGCUGAUUACUUUGAGGGCACCCCAUAGACCGAUGUUUGGCUGCCUUUAGGUUGUAAGAGGUUGCUGACAGAGAUCGAAGUCUGCAGAUAAAGUGUUGAUUCUAUAGCAGGCCAAUAACAGGGGAUGUAGGUAAUGCUUAUAGGGCUGCUGGACAUCUGGCUUAGAUAUCCACCUUUGGAAAUGGGUUGCUACUGGGUAAUAGACUGGCACCAGGUGAUCAAAGCAUAUAAAAGAAUAAAUGGCGCAGGCUCAGACUGAGUUUCAUAAUAGGCCAAGGCAUUCCAUGUGUAGAGAGAGAGACCCAAACAGUCCCCACAGGCCCAAUGAAUAGUGCGUUCUUAAAGCACGACCGAGCCUUUAAUAUCAUAAAGAACCAAGUAUUUGUCUUUAUUCUUAUGUCAACACUUUCUAAAUCUUUUCU